AUAACUGAAAAGCGAUGCGGGGAGUUAAUGGCGGUCCCUUGGAGUUGAGGAGAGGAAUGCGGAGAGCCCCCCACCGCCUCCUCCACCCUGCCUCCAUUCAUCCACUCACUGCAGUAAUUCACGCAAGAGCGCCGAAGAGGCAGCAUGAAGUCAGACCACUUCUUUCCAGCUACCUGCACUUGUUCUGUCCGAGUGGCCCACUGAAGUCUUUGCAGCCAUGGGGAAAACUCUGAAGUCUAUUUCUCUCCUUCCACUCCUCAUUUUCACUGAAGUCUCUGGUCUAAACAUCCGAAACAAGCUGCUGGGCACAUGCCUUCAAGUACAUGAUGGUUCCCCUGGAGUGAGGGUGUCGCUGGGACAAUGCGACCCGCAUUCAGCCUUCCAAAAAUGGCUGUGGCUGCCUGAGAGCCAGUCUCUCCGAAACCAGUACACCGGGGAGUGUCUGACUGCUCCCGAGGAGCAGUUUGAGGGUGUGCAUCUGCAACCCUGCCACCUUCAAAAUGAAGAGGCUGGUGGCCAGUUAGCACCGGCCUCAAAGAUGGGCGGUGAUGCAGGCAGCCAGCAAUGGUCUUGUUCCAAGAAAGGCCACCUGACUUUGCUCGGUAAGGGGCUGCACCUCAGUGCUACUCAAGAAUCCACUUUGGUCUUUGUAUCACGGGAACAUAAACAGCAGGGCAGCAGGUGGAGGACGCUGGACAACCAAACGUUGUUGUGUGGAGGGAGGGACACAAAACACCACCAGCACCACCAUCAAAACUACCAAGCACACCACCCUCUGGGGAAAUCAAUGGAACCGAUCCUGUUACCAAGUGCUAUCUCGGAUAUGGACAGAAAAGCAGUUGAAGCUACAUUUAGUGAUGGAGUCACCGAAGAAUUUGCAGUCAGAGACGUGUCUGAUGUUUUCUCCCAAAGUACAAAGUCCCCCGAGGAUCCCACCAUGGUUUUCUUCACCAUGGACUAUGGCAUGAGCUGGAAAAUAACCAUGUUGGUUUUAAGCUCCUUGGCUCUCGUGCUUGGAACGGUCAUUCUUAUUUUCAACGUUUACUCCAAUAGAAGGAAAAAGGUGGUGUGUGUUUUGAAGUCAUACACUCCAAAGCCAGAGGCGGGCAUCCCGGGGUCCCCCGUGCCUUGUGAGAGAGCCCCGUUAACGGAACACGCCAUGCGCUACCCGCUCUCCUCCCCAACAAUGCAGCGAGGAGAAAUCCUGAUUGAGUGGAAAGACGGCACGGUUACACCACUGUAUGAAGCCUGAUGGUUGUGCGCGACAUUCGACAGCAUGCUUACAGAAGGGAACAAAUAUAAGACUGGAGUUUUGUUUGGUUUUUGAAUAUUUUGAGUCGAGUGUGUUUGGUAAGUUGCACACAGUUUCCAUAUGGGCUCGUGGUUUAAGUGCAGCCACCACAGCAAAAAAAAAAAAAAAAAAAAAAACAAAAACAGUAGCUUGGCAGCCUUUAAACGGUUUGGAAAAUCUUUUUUUUUUGUUUGUUUGUUUUGUGUUUCCAUAGUUGACGCAACAUUUCGUGCAACAUUUCGUGAAUGGCCGGAACCAAACCAUUGCUUUGUUUUUCAUUCCAGUUUGCGUUUAGCUAAUUAGGAGGGAUUGUUUGACUUGGGAAUCCAA